CUGUAUUUUGUUAGCUUAUGUUUAGCAGUGUUCAGUCGAAGAUUAAGUUUUUAGAGCAAUAAUCAAUUCAUUAGCAAUGACUUCAAAGGCACAGGUAAUCAACUGUAAAGCUGCCGUCCUCUGGAAAGAGGGAACACCACUAACCGUAGAGAAUAUUACUGUCGACCCACCACAAGAGGGUGAGGUAAGGGUGCGUAUGGUAUCGGCUGGUCUAUGUGCCAGUGACGCCCACUUCAUAUGGGGCUGGGAGACGGACAUCAUACUAGACUUCGAGGGAAACCCAAUUGUACUGGGUCACGAAGGGGCUGGUGUGGUCGAGUCUGUAGGACCGGGUGUGACUAGUGUUUCAGUAGGCGAUCACGUAAUCCUGUUGUGGACGCCUGACUGCGGUCAGUGUGCCCUCUGCUCCCAUCCCAAGACAAACCUGUGUCUCAGCGAUGACUUCGUUUCGGUUAUGUAUCACAAGAACAAAGAGACGCGACUGAAGAUCAAUGGAAAGCCAUUGCUUUCAUUCACCGGUACGGCCACCUUCUCCGAGUACAGUGUGGUCAGAGAGACACAGAUUGCUAAGGUCAAUCCAAAGGCCAAUUUGAAGAGUGCGUGUGUGAUAGGCUGUGCUGUUGGCACGGGAUAUGGCAGUGCUGUGAACAUAGCCAAAGUACAUCCCGGCUCCAAAUGUGCCGUUUGGGGUUUGGGUGCCAUUGGGUUGUCAGCUCUAUUGGGUUGCAAACAGGCCGGCGCUGAGACCAUAAUAGGAGUCGAUAUAAACUCCGACAAAGAGAGUAUUGCCAAACAGUUUGGUUGUACCCGGUUUAUUAAUCCUAAAACUCUUGGUAAGAACUAA